AUGAUUCCAACCUUGUACAAGCAGCCAGUUUGUUUAACAUUCGUGUCUGCAUUGUUUGAAACGCCUGCGCGAAUUUUCUUGGGAAUAGAGGUGCGCUGUAGGGGUAGCGCGGGAUUCAGGGUCGAAAUUGCACGGUGGUUGAAAAGCAUCGGAUACCAGUCGAGGACAGGCGGUCUCGCGUUUAAGUGGUCUAUCAAUUCCAUGUCGCCUUUGGUCCUGUUCCUUCAUUACGGAGUUUUGGCCAUCAUUUUCGGGAACGGUUUUGGGGAUGAACACGAAUAUAGAUUGACGAAAUAUCUGCUCGAUGGAUACGACGCCGGUGUACGGCCAGCCGAGAAUUCCUCCCAACCCCUGGCGGUCGUCUUUGGUCUUUCUCUUCAUCACAUAAUCGACGUGGACGAGAAGAAUCAGAUACUGACGACCAAUUGCUGGGUGACACAGAUUUGGACGGACCAUCACCUGAAAUGGAACGCCUCGGAGUUCGCUGGGAUCCGAGUGAUCCGUGUUCCUUACAAUCGCGUCUGGAGGCCGGACACGAUUCUCUACAACAACGCCGAUCCGCAAUACAGCUCGGCAGUCAUCAAUACGAACGUGAUAGUGAGUCACACGGGGGAAGUGGUGUGGCUGAGCCAUGGGAUAUUUCGCAGCAGCUGCGACAUCGACGUCGAGUUCUUCCCUUUCGACGAGCAACGGUGCGUGUUGAAAUGGGCCUCCUGGACGUACGAUGGAUAUCAAUUGGAGCUGGAGAAGCAAAGCGAGCAAGGAGACGUGAGCAAUUAUCAAGCGAACGGUGAAUUCGACCUGGUCAAUUUCUCCGCGAGAAGGAACGUGGAGUAUUACUCUUGCUGUCCGGAACCGUAUCCGGACAUCACUUACGAGAUACGACUCCGACGUCGGCCCAUGUUCUACGUCUUCAAUCUGAUACUUCCCUGCAUACUCAUCAACAGUGUCGCCCUGUUGGUAUUCUACGUGCCGUCUGAAUCGGGGGAGAAAGUCACCCUCGGGAUUUCGGCCCUACUCUCUAUGACGGUCUUCCUAAUGACUAUUCGCGAGUCACUGCCGCCCACGGAGAAAACACCAUUAAUAAGUCUUUAUUACGGAGUCAGUAUAUGCCUGGUGACAUUCGCUUCAGCGUUAGCGGUGGUCACUUUGAAUCUUCAUCACCGCGGUGUUCGAGGUACCAGAGUACCUGGUAUCGUUAGAUCAUUGGUCUUGGACAAGCUCGCCAGGAUAGUGCUCCUCAACUUUCAGGAGGAGAGAAGAUCGGAACCGGUCGAACCGCCAAGAAGAAAAAACAAUUGUCCGCUGCACUGCAAACCGGAGCUGGCCCAAUCGCAAUCGUCGCCCAAGUUCGUAACUAGGAGGGAGGAAAGUAAUAGCAGCAGUCCCAGUUUAGAUCUUGGAAAAGAAGGUGGCCUUGAAGCUCAAUGGUCACGCGUGCUAGGGAGAGUGCACGCGACGAUCGAGAGAAACGAGAAACGACUGGCGGAGCAGGAUCGUCGCGAACGAAUGGUUGAUUGGAAACAGGUCGCGUUGGUCAGCGAUCGAGCGCUUCUUUGCGUCUUUUUUUUGACGACGAUCGUCAGCACUACGGUCAUCCUGUGUGGUUCUCCGCCAAGCACGAACAUUGCCAAACAGGGUUAAGAUAGGGAAAGGACGAUGGUAGA